UCCAUCUCGAUCUGAGCGCAGCCGAAAAAUAGUGAUGAAUCACUAACUGCACUCGUUCACUUUUCCUUCAAACAACUGCAACGCUUAAGCGCACAUCAAAAAUAUAAACAACAAAUGUAAAAAUGGAUCAACAAAUUGAAAAAUCAGUUUUAUUUCGUCAACUAAUUCUAAAUACCAGAAAACCAUUAGUUUUUCGAAAAUUUCCUACAAACUGGAAAUGUUUUGAUUGUUCAAUUGAAGAUUGGUGCAAAAGAUUCGAUGCAAAUCAGUCAAAAGAACACUCUCCCGAAUUCGAAAAGAUGCCAACGAAAUUUGGUGAUAUUCCACAAUGGGAACGAUUUCGCUCGAAACUUACCACCACUUUUACAAAUUUUCUUGAAAAAUAUUCAAAAGAUGAAGAAAAUUGGAGCGCAUUUUACUAUGAACCAAAUACGCAAAUUCCAAUUGAAUGUCGCUACGACAUUGAUUUUAGUUGCUUUGGCUUUUCCAAAGACAAAAUCAAUGAUACCUCAUUUUGGUUGAGCUCCAAAGGAGCUAAUACACCUUGUCAUUAUGAUACUUAUGGUUGUAAUAUAGUUGUUCAAGUUUAUGGCAGAAAACAUUGGUUAUUAUUUCCCCCAGACACUAAAUUAACUCCAAUCAGAGUUCCUUAUGAAGAAAGCAGUGUAUAUUGCUCGGAAAACUUUUACUCUCCCAAGAAUUUGGACAGAUUUUCUAUUGCUAGGGAAAAUGCAUUCGAAUGUAUUCUGACUGAAGGAGAUGUUCUAAUUGUCCCUAGAAAUUGGUGGCACUAUGUAGAAAGUUUGGAGACAUCUUUAAGUGUCAAUACAUGGAUUCCUUUGAAAAUCGACAUCGAUGCCCAGAUAGAUGAAUGCAUUGUUAAGUAUAUUGUCGAGAGUACUUUGAGUCAAGAAUGUGAAGAAAAGAAGCGUUACAUUUUAAAUCCUAAUCAGUUGCAAUUAAUAACGUCCAGUGAUGAGUUAUUUGAUAUUCUACAAAUCUUAGUGAAAAAUAAGUCUACUGAGGACCAAACUGAUGAAAAAUAUUCAUACCAAUAUUUAUCAGAAAAAGAAGUAAAUAAACUAAUUGAAAAAUGCCACAAUGACGUCAGUGUGUUGCCAUUACUUUCUCCCGAAAAGUUCGAUAGCAUUCUUCGCGAUAGAACAAAGCGUUAUGUAGAUAUGGAGCCUUUGCACAAAGCAGACAUCCAUUCAAUGCAUGAAGCACUUCUUAACGCCAUCUGCCAUCCAAAUAUGAUAAAUAACAUAAAAGAAGAAUUUCUUAGAAAUAUUGAAAAAAAUUGCAUGAUAAGAUACAUUUAUUCAUAGUAAUUAUAUUAUAUCUACACGUCUUGACAUCAGUCACACCAAUUAUUA